AUGGGCAAAUUUCAGGGUCGCAAGCUCGUGGCCUGCACGGCAUGCCAUUCUCAAAAGUUAAAAUGCAGUGGAGAUAUUCCAUGUCACCGGUGCAUUCAACGAAAUAGAGAAUGCGUAUAUCCAAAGAAAGACAAAUUCAUCACAGUGCCAGAGAGUUAUCUUCGUGAUAUCGAAGAAAAGGCCAAUAUAAAUAGUCAGUUCAGCUUCUUGGCUGGAGCGGACGAUUCAACGGCGCUUUCCGAUACAAGCCAAUUCUCUCCUACAACUGAAGCGAGUCAUAUAAAAGAACUUUGCCCAGCAGAAAUCUUUAUACAAAAGCUGACAGAUAUUUCUGCCUUACUACACCCAUAUAUACAGACAGAAUCAUGUCAGCAACUGCGAGUGGGUGAAGCCGGUGAAUUUGUUCCUUUUCGUCUGAAAUCUGAGGAUGGAGGGUCUCAGAUGUUAGUAAAGCUUCCAUCAGAAAAGCAAGCUAUGCAUCUUUUACGUAUCUUUGAAGGAGCAAACAGUGAAUAUCACUGGUUUCUCCGUCAACGGUUUAGAGAUCGGAUACGGCAGACAUACUCCCAGCCUACAAGUUACGUCGACGAUAGAAAUUGGUUCUGCCAACUGUCCCUUGUUUUGGCUCUGGGCCAAGCUCUGGAGAAGGAGCCAAAACAAGAGUCUGAAGAGACAAAUGACCCAUGGGAUUUCAAUCAACCUUCAACUCCGUUAGAUCUUUUUGGACAAGCUGUGUCUUUGUUCAUCAUCUCAGAGACUCUAACAUUGGAGAACCUCGAGACAUUAAAUCUCAUGACUUAUUACUGUCACUUUACAAAUCGCCCGAAGGCAGCUGUCAUUUACAUCAGCCAGAGCGUAGCACUAUCAAGGCUACUCCAACUUGACGAUCCAGAAAUAUACCAACCCAAGAUUUCGGAGCGGCAAGACAGUAAAAGCCGAUGCAUCACCAAAGAGCACAUGCUUCGGCUAUGGUGGACGACUGUCUGUCUGGAUAAGACGCUUGCUUCAGAACUCGAAAUGACGCCAGUGGACUUGAGCCCAUCUCUGGAGUUGCCGUUGCCGUCUUCAGAAGGUUUAUCACCGGAGGAUGAGGAGGAGUUCUUCGAUUUGGAGCUGUUAUUGGCAGAGAUUCGGUCUUGA